AUGAAAAUAUUCUUAUUAUUUGUGAUUUUUCUUGGCUCUACUCUUGGACAAUGCCCAUCCGGGUCAAGUUUUGUGAGCGAAUUGAAUGCUUGCUUGAUGAUCGAUCAAACUGCUUCAAAUUUCACAGUAGCAGAAGCAAGUUGUGUUUCGAUGGGAGGUCAUCUGCUCUCCAUUCAUUCGAUAUUUCAGAAUGCUAUUGUUCUGGCAUAUUUGCAACAAGCUGCCUUGACCAGUGAUCUUUACAUUGGACUCUUUCGAAACUCUACAUCGAUCCCAUGGAGCUGGACUGAUCGCUCGACGGCCGAUUAUCAAAAAUGGGCAUCAGGAGAACCUGGCUCGAAUCUAUGCUCUACAAUAAGAAGCAUAGAUGGCCAAUGGCAUGGUGCUGCAUGCAGUCAAAACUUGGGUCACAUUUGCGCUGUUUCGAUGACUGCAUCGUGCCCGAGAAAUUGGAACUUUUUCAAUGGCACAGGAAUGUGUUAUUAUCAUGGGCAAAACGCGACGUUUCUGGAAGCGGAAAAAGUGUGCCGAUCGUCGGGAGGACAUCUUGCUUCAGUGCACAGUGAUGCGGAAAACGAUUUUAUUAAAAAUUUGACAUGGUCUACGCAAUGUGCUUAUGUUAAUACUUGGAUUAGUGGCACGACACUACUUGGUGGAACAUUUGAUCAGUCAAGGAAUAGAACUACUUGGUGGAGUGACGGAUCACCAGCCGACUACACCCACAGCUUGCGAGCUUUCCCAAUGAAUAGCUGUCCACAAGAUGAGGAGAAGUGUGGUGGUGGAAAUUGGAGAAUUGGUCGAUACUCGAUUAACAACUCCGUCCCAUAUCCAGAUUAUGUGUGUAAAACGGCGGCUAUUUCACAUUCCCAAUGCCCAACUGGUUGGCAGUAUUUGAGCUUGACGAAUGCAUGCUAUUGGCAUGAAAUGAGCAGUAUGUCUUUCUGGGACGCCGAAGUUUUCUGUGAGGCUUUUGGCGGAAAUCUGGCAUCUAUUCAUUCAGACAGUGAGAAUCAAUUCAUUCAAGAUAUGGUAUGGAAUCCAAGUUGUGGCCAAACGCAAGAUGGUUUCCAAUUGGGAGAGGUGCUGCUUGGUGGAGUCUACAGUGGAUUCAAAAAGGGGAUAAGCUACUGGAUUGAUGGUUCAGCACCAGAUUUCAUGCAUCAGACUUGCGAUCUUUUCGGAGCCUCGGAAAGCACGAUUGUGAUGGCGGCUCAUCCUAACAAAUGUGGAAGUUGCUUUGAGGGACAAUGGUUUCUACCCAAUGGCGCUCCCGAUUCAAAUCGAGAAUACGGGGAAUUCAUCUGUAAAGCUCCUGCUUAUUCUCAUCUUAAAAGAUUGCAUCAA